CGCUGUCCGUUCAGCACUACGCGGAGCCGGGACCCGCUGCUGCCGGUAGUUUGCAGAUGCAGAAGGAGCAUCAGAGACUGUUAAUAUGUUGUAGAGGUGUGUGCUGAGACACAGCUUGACACCAUCAGGAUGUUCAGUGAACUCAGCAACCAAGGUCUACACCAAUGAGCUGCCUGAGGAUGCAUCGCCUCUUGUCUCAGACAUCUCAGGGGUGCUGGGAACCUGCCUUGCUGUGCCUGUGCCACCCUGCUGGGCUCCGGACUUGACACCUCUGUGCCCUCUCUGGCAGGAUGGCCCAAGCAGGGGCACCUGUCCGCUUCCACCCCGAGGAGAGCUGCACUGCCUCCCCGCCGCCCUUUGCCCGCAGGGUGAACCGGCAGCCCUGGCUGGCGGGGGGCAGCCCCGAGGCCGGGCGGUGCAGCCCCCCGCCCUGCCUCAGCCCCAGCCUCAACGCCGGCCGCCUCCACCUGCUGCGCAAGGGCCUGGCGCCCGAUGCCCGCCGCUGCCCGCUCGGCCUCUACAACAGCACCGGCUCCUUGGCCCGCAGGCCGGCUGAGGCGGCGCCCUUUGGCGGCGGGAGCUGCCCGGGCACGGGCCGGCUGACUGCCCCCUGCACCCCGCGGUGGGGCCGGCCCAGCCCGGCUGCCGCCUCCCUGGGCAGCCGCAGUCCGCCAGCCGCAGAGGGACACAGCUCUGUGGUCACCUUCCGCUUCAUUGAGAAGGCCAGUGUGCGGACAGUGGGCUGCCCGACAACCCGCCAUCUCCGCUGGGAGAAUGGCCCCUACAGCCUCAGCCGCAGCCUGGAGCUCGGUGGGGACGUGGGAUCCCUCCAGCCCCAGCCCCUGCCUCAGGAGCGGCUCCUGCAGACGCUGAAGCUGGAGGCCUCCGCGUCUGACCCGCUUCUGGCCGGGGGCAGGACUCCAGGGGGGACACGUCCCUGUGGGAAGGAGUUCUGUGCCCUUGACACCAGCUGCCUCUGCCGAUCCCUGACCAAUGGGCUGCCAGAGGAGUUCCCCACCUUCGCCAGGAGUCCCCUGAAGCCAGAGCCCCGACAUCAGGGCAGCGCCGGGCUGUAUCCCCGACAGAGCUCUGCCCAUGCCCAGCGCGUUGCCAAGGCCAAGUGGGAAUUCUUCUAUGGCUCCUCAGAUACCCCAAAGACAGGCUCCUCUGCCCCCGACUCCACUCCCCUGGCUGAGCUCCCCCAGAAGUCUGUCUCACCACUGCCAGCCAAGCCACCAGAGCUGGUACCUGAGCACAGCCUGAGCCAUGUGGAGGUGGAGAUAGAAGUGUCUCCUUUGAGCAGCCAGAAGCCUGGCUCCUGUGAAACUGGCAUUAUAAGGAGGACAGUGAAGUACUCUGAAACAGACCUGGACACUGUGCCACUGAGGUGCUAUCGUGAAACCAACAUCGAUGAUAUCCUGGCUGAGAAGGAGGAAGUGGAUUCAGCAAUUGAGAGCCAGAAGGACAGUGAGAGCAACCCAAGUUUUGUGGGCACGCCAGGCAGGAGGAACAGCACACCAGAGGAGCCACCUGCUCCAGGUACCGGCUGCUCCAAGGAUGGGCUGCAAGACAGGGACGUGGACGAGGACGAUGAGGUUUUUGAGGCGAUGAGGAAGGAAAACAGGGAAAGGAUCAUGGACCGAGACACACAGGGUAUGCUCAAGUCUCCAGUGCCCUUCCUUCUAGGGCACAGCCUCUCCAAGGAUGGCAUGGACUCUUUCAGCAAACAUUUUGAGACCAUCAUGGAGUCCCAUCGAGCCAAGGGCACAUCUUACACCAGCCUGGACUCCAUUGACAUCCUUUCCUCCCCAGCCCGUACCCAUGGGACCUUUUUCACUUUUGACCUCCCAACCCUCACCCCAGAAAUACAGGGAAAAAUCCGAGACAGCGCCAAGGUGAUCGAGGAGAGCUUUGCUCCUCUGGCUCACUUAGAGCCAGACUCUGGGACCAGUUCAGCCACAGAUGCCCCCUGGACAGAGAGGGAGGAGGAACAGGGGAGACGAAGGAAGGGCACUCGGCACAGCCCUUGCCACUCGGAGGACAGCUUUGGCACUCCCUUGGCCUCCAACACGAGCGAGCGCCCCCAGAGCCAACUGGUUUCAGACUCGGAGUUGGAGAUGGACAGCGUGGAGCAGCUGGCCCUGGGCAGCACGGACACCCUUUCCAAUGGACACAAGGCUGACCUGGAGGCUGCCAAACGCCUGGCCAAGAGGCUCUACAACCUGGAUGGCUUUAAAAAAGCAGAUGUGGCUCGCCACCUGGGGAAGAACAACGAGUUCAGCAGGAUGGUGGCAGGGGAAUAUCUGAAGUUCUUCGUGUUCACAGGGAUGAGUCUGGAUCAGGCUCUCAGGUCCUUUCUGAAAGAGCUUGCCUUGAUGGGAGAGACACAAGAGCGAGAGCGAGUGCUGGCUCAUUUUUCCCAGCGCUACUACGAGUGUAAUCCCAAUGCCGUCUCUUCAGAAGAUGGAGCCCACACCCUCACGUGCGCCCUGAUGCUGCUAAACACAGAUCUGCAUGGACAUAACAUUGGGAAGAGAAUGUCCUGCUCCGAAUUCAUUGGCAACUUGGAGGGACUCAAUGGAGGCACUGAUUUCCCCAAGGAGCUGCUCAAGGCGCUGUACGGCUCCAUCAAGAACGAGAAGCUGCAGUGGGCCAUAGAUGAAGAGGAGCUGAGAAAGUCCCUCUCAGAGCUGGCAGAUCCCAACCCAAAGUCCAUCAAGCGCAUCAGCAGCUGCAGUAACCCCUUUCUGGACUUUUCCCAGGACGCCAGCAUUGCCACUUACAAGCACGGGCUGUUAGUCCGCAAGAUCCACGCCGAUCCCGACUGCAAGAAAACACCCCGAGGGAAGCGCGGCUGGAAGCCCUUCCACGCCAUCCUGAAGGGAAUGAUUCUCUACCUGCAGAAGGAGGAGUAUAAGCCAGGGAAGGCACUGGCAGAAGAGGAACUGAAGAAUGCUAUUAGCAUCCACCAUUCGCUUGCCACACGGGCAUCUGACUACAGCAAGCGACCCAAUGUCUUCUACCUCAGGACAGCUGACUGGAGGGUCUUCCUUUUCCAAGCACAGAACCCCGAGCAGAUGCACUCUUGGAUCACGCGCAUCAAUGUGGUGGCAGCCAUGUUCUCUGCGCCCCCCUUCCCCGCAGCCAUCGGCUCCCAGAAGAAGUUCAGCCGCCCGCUGCUGCCCAGCUCCUGCACCAGGCUGUCUCAGGAGGAACAGGUGAAGAACCAUGAGACCAAGUUCAAGACAAUGUCAGCAGAGCUGCUGGAGCAUCGUUCCUCACUGCCUGAGAAGAAGGUGAAAGGCAAGGAAUAUGAGGAGCUAAAGCAGAAGGAAGAGUACCUGGAAUUUGAGAAAUCCCGCUAUGGCACCUAUGCCAUGCUGCUGCGGGCCAAGCUGAAGGCUGGCUCCGAGGACCUGGCAGCAUUUGAGUCCACCCUCUUUGACACAGUGGGUGGGGAGGACGAUGGCCUGAAAAAGUCCCGCUCCAGCCCCUCACUCAACGCAGAGCCCUCCAGCACGAGCACCAAGGUGAAGCGCAACGUCUCAGAGCGCAGCGGCCGCCAGCCCCCUGGCCACCCCCACAAGUCUUAAGUGUGGGGUCUC